AUGAAAACGUGGUUUUUGGUGUUGUUACUUCCCAGCCUCUGUUUGGCAGCAGAUGAUCCAUACAAAACCAAUGAUGUCUAUGUCGAUAUAUCAUUGGGAAAGCUGAAGGGUUUUCAUGUGAACUAUGGCAAUGACUCGUACAACCUUUUCAAUGGAGAAGGUGACGUUUUUCUGGGAAUUCCUUUCGUUCAACCACCCGUUGGGCAGUUGAGGUUUCAAAAACCAAAGGCUAUUUGUGCUCUGCCUGGGACUGCUCCAUAUGAUGCGACUUUCUACAGACCUAUGUGUCCACAAGAUGGAGUGAGUAACAGCUCGAUGUCGGAAGAUUGUCUAUAUCUCAAUGUUUUCUCACCAAGUGUAGCCAGUGAUAUAAAAAAACCUGUAAUGGUUUGGAUUCAUGGAGGAUCCAUGAGAGGAGGAACAGCUAGGGAUUUCAACCAUAAGGGUGCAAUCAGUAACUUGGUUAGCAGAGGUGUAGUUGUUGUAACUAUACAGUACCGAUUGGGAUUACUAGGAUUCUUCACAACUCACUCUGAUGAUUUUCCUCCAAACUUGGGAAUGCUUGAUCAAGUAGAGGCUAUUCGAUGGGUCAAAGACAACAUUGAUAAGUUCGGAGGUGAUCCUCAUCGAGUAACUCUAUUCGGACAAAGUGCUGGUGGAGCUUCUGUUUCAGCUCAUACUUUAUCUCCUCUCAGUCAACAUAUGUUCCAAAGUGCCAUUAUGGAGUCAGGAGUAGCCAACACUUGUUUCGAAGGUUCAUUAGGAUUCACCGAUCUCAGUUUCCGUAGAGCUCAAGCUGUUUGCAACACUACCAGAGCUGAAUGGAAUUCAAACAACUUCACGAACGUCAAAGCUUGCUUAAUGAAUGCCGAUUACCACAUAUGGCUACCAUAUGAGAGGAGUUACCAAGAUGCCAUGGGAUGGAAAAUGAGUCAAGAUGACUACUUCAUGCCUGACAUUCCAGCUAAUCUGGCCAAAAAACGUCCCAAUAUUCCUGUGAUGCUGGGAUCUAUGUUGAAUGAAUGGAGUUUCUUCGAUUAUUACUUCUUGGCUAGUGGUGUACCAUUGGCUUACUAUACUCGUCAAGGAUUUGAGCUUGAAUUCCAAACAUUUGCCACUUUCUUGGGUGCUGAGCAGACUCAUAUCACAAACAUAUAUGAAAACGUCUAUGCACCUCCUGGAAUUAGUGAUAACGACAAUGUUGCUUGGCUGCAAACAAACGAUAAGGCUUUGACAUGUGCUGGGUUCACUGGUUUCAUUGGUCAAGAAGCAAAUGCUUAUUUGGAUAAUAAGAAUCCCAAUGUAUUCUUAUAUCAAAUGGUCUAUCCACCUAAUGUAGGAAAGCCACCAUACACGGUUCCUGGAUGGUCGCCUGUCGGUCAUGCGUCUGAGUUACCUUACAUUUGGAGAACUGAGAACGAUUGGAAUAAAGCCAUCAAGGAAAACAUUGCAAACGAGAACGAUUAUUAUCUUUCUGAUUGGUUUGGCGAAUCAUGGACUAACUUUGCCAAAUACGGAUUCCCAAUAAGAAAUGUCAACAAAUGGCCACCGUUGGAGUCAAGAUCCGAUUUGAAGUAUUACGAAAUCAAUGUGGGUAAUGAUGAAAUGAAACGCAAUUACCGCAAAACUGAUCAAACGAUCUGGAACCAGGUUAUACCUGCACUUGCGGGACCAUUGCCACCUCCACGUCCUGAUUAUAACAAUGGAACGGUCAAUUUCGAAGCUUUACGUCAGAAAUACGAGAAAUCUGUUGAAUGUGUGCCGGUUACAUCAACUACCGUCCCAUUAACAAGCACUACUCCAGUUCUUACAUCAUCUACCACUAUUCUUCACAAUGGCGGCGCACCUAGUACUGGCACUACGCGAACUGUUACUCAUUCAAGAGCUAUCAAUCCAACCACUCGUCGUACAGAAACAUCAACAAAAUCGUCAGCUGUUUUCUCAAUCGUAACAACUGUAUUAUAUGGAUGCUUAUUGAAAUUAUAA